AAAUAUUUGACUUCAAGGUCUCAGCAAUCGUCCCUCUGCUGUGUUCAGACAGUAGCGUGGUUUUAAAAUAAUCUGGUUCAUGACUGUGAUAUAAAGGUUUUAGUGAAAAAUUGGAAAAAAAUUUGUUAUGAAUUCUGAACUUCACUGCGUCACGAAUCUACUAACCUCUAGAGAUAAUCAAAUCUAUAUCCUCGAUCGUAAGGUAGAAUGAAUAUCGGGGGAGUUCAAAUAUACUUGAUUAAGAUCUUUAGACGUGGCUUCUCUGUUAUUUCUAACAAGCCUUACAAAGUUUCUAUCUUUGAUUCAUGGAACACAUGUAAACACGCUGACGGAAAUCAUCCAGAUUUUCGUAAUGUCCCAACAGUGUCCGCUAUACUAAGUAAAACAACACCCUUGGAAAGUGCAAUUGCACUCCGAAAAUGGCAGGAUAAAAAGAAAAAUGAACUUGGCGAAGAUGGAUUUCAGGAGUACAUGAGAGAACUGCAGCUUUUAGGAAAAAGUGUUCAUUCCAGUGUAGAAGCACGACUUAUAAAGGGCAAGUUUCCUUCUAAUCUACCUGAAAAUGUUUCCAAAUAUUGUGAAAGUCUCAAAUAUAUCUUGGAUGAUUUAAAGUCUUCUGCAGUGGAAACUAACUGCUUCCAUCCUCAGCUUUUGUAUCGCGGGAGGUUUGAUAGUAUAGUGUUUUUAAAAGAAAUAAACGAACCUAUUUUGACUGAAUGGAAAACAGUACACGAAUCUAAAAGAAUAUUGACUAUUGAGCAGGCUUAUGAUAGUCCAUUACAAGUUGCCGCGUAUAUUGGAGCUUAUAAUUUUACUCGUUAUCCUGAAUCUUUGCCUGUCAAAAAAGGAAUGCUGGUGUAUUCUUAUGGUGAUGGUUAUCCAGCUGCUCGGUUUGUUUUAAACGAGAGUGACUUGUUACAUUACUGGGAGUUGUGGUGUGAACGUGUCAAAGCUUAUUAUGAUCAGGUAAAUUGUUUAGCAUUCUUGAUUGACUUUUGUUGUGCAGUGCUAAAUUUUAAAAUUUCCUGA